UUCCAGUAGGACCACAACAAACGGGGACUCCCGUUGGAGCCUUUUCUCGCUGGAUAACAAUGUUUUUCCCUGAGUUAACACAAAAGUAAUCGAAGUGGUUUAAUGACAAACAAUCAAUUAAAAACUCGAGCACGUCGGAAGUAUGUAACACUGUAGCUAUGAGCAAAUAGCUUGAAUUAUAAAACAGCCUCUCGCAACGCUAAGCUAGUUAGCUUACCGAUGCUAACUUAACGCACCUUAAAAGUUGCUCAAUUAAUAUCAGCACAGCAGUGUUACGUUAGCUUCGGUAAGUAUUACAACGCACUAGUUAUUAUUGUGAUUGAUUUAAAAUUGUAAUUUGUGGGCUGUCAGUUGAAAGCCACGCGAGAAGUUCCAGCUAACGGAGCUAACUUAGCGCGGCUGUGUUCGUCGAUGUUGGCCAGAAAGCCUUUGCCCUGCGUUAGCUAGGAACCUUUUUAAUAGACAUGAAAUACUCACGUUUUAAUAAAACAGGACCGCUACAACAUGCUGCUUAAUAAUAAUGUGUCAAAUUUGAUUUGACUAUUAUUUUAAUAUGUUGUAGCUAAUUUACUCAAACCUCGAGUGAGGUUUAAUGAUGAAUUAUUAAUGAGCCUCAUGGCCGCUCUCGCUCCCCCCAUCCCGUCCCCUCUGGCCUCCUUCCUCUGCGCGUUGCUCCCCCGAGGAUUUGCCCUGGGGCCAUCGCGGCUCUGCGGGGGCCGCGUGGGGCUGUGGUGGGUCGGCCGCCCGCUGGAGGCCGGAUCCCUGCUGGGGAGGGACGGGGACACGGAGUGGGCCUCCGGGGGUCACCCAGACCCGACGACCCGCAGCCGGGACGGUCAUCCCGGGGAGGCAGAGAAGGCUCUGAUGGAAACGGCAACAAGUAAAGAAUCUUCUUCUCUACAAAGAGCCGCCUGGAUCACAUUUGCCUGCCGGGCACCGCGAGACCAGUGGAACGUGUCGCGGCAGUGCGCCUGCGGGGAGGCGUGCGCGGCCGAGUGCGAGGAGGCGUGUCUGCACGUUUCCCGGGACAUCCGGCCGGGAACCGAGCUGCUGCUGCUGCUGCCGAGCGGAGGCGACGCCGAGGGAGAGAGUCCGACAACCGACCCACCCGACGUGGAGGCGGAGCACAACAGACACUCCGGCGCCGACCUUCCUUCCAUUCGCGAGACAGAAGACAGACUGAAGGAAGAGGAGGAAAAGGAAGAAGAAGAAGAAGAAGAAAGACCAAAGUCUAUCAAGAGAAAUCAUGCAACCAACCGCACGAGGAACCGGAGGGUCAAGAGAACUCGGCGCGACGUCCCAGCGGGAGACGGACAGACGGGCGGUGGACGUCACGUCCCGCCUCCUCCUCCUCUUCCUCCUGCGGACGGAAGCGCCCCCGUCCGCUGCAGCUCGCGCCUCGCCUCCAAACCGCGGCGCGUUCACCGUCCGGCCGUGUCCCUCGCAGAGGGGGCGGGGCCCAAGGCCGUGCGCGUCACCAAGGAGACGGGUCUCUCGUGGGACCCGGAGGUCAGAGAGCGGCGGCACAGGUGCUCCACCUGCGGGAAGAAGUUCUACCAGAUGGGCCACCUGAAGAAGCACCAGUUCAGCCACACGGAGGAGAAACCCUUCAGCUGCCAGGAGUGUGGGAAGAACUACACCUCCUCCGAGAGCUUCAGAGCCCACCAGAUGAGUCACCGCGGCGAGCGGCCCUUCUCCUGCCCCCUCUGCGAGAAGUCCUACGGCCUGAAGCGGGACCUCAAGGAGCACCUGGUCCUGCACAGCGGGGAGAAACCCUACGUCUGCGAGCACUGCGGCAAAGCGUUCGCCCGCCGGCCCUCGCUGCGCAUCCACCGCCUCUCUCACUGCAGCAGGAAGGCCCACACCCAGUCUCCUAAGGUGCAGUGCACGGUCUGUCAGAAGCUGCUGGCUAACUCGGGCUCUCUGAAGAACCACAUGAAGCUCCACACGGGAGAGAAACCCCACGUCUGUCAGCACUGUGGGAGGAGCUUCAGUCAGAAAGGGAACCUGGACUCCCAUCUGAGGACUCACAGCGGGGAGAAGCCGUUUCCCUGCAGCGAGUGCGACCGCAGCUUCUCGCAGAUGCCGGACCUCCGUCGGCACAUGGUCUCGCACGGGGGCCGAGGCUUCCUCUGCAGCUACUGCGGGAAGUCGCUGAGCGACGUGCACACCCUGAAGUCCCACGAGAGGCUGCACACGGGAGAAAGACCCCAUCGCUGCCACCUGUGUGGGAAAGGCUACACGUUGGCCACCAGGCUGCGGAGACACGUUAAGUCGUCCCACCAGGUGGAGAAGCCGUACAGCUGCCACUGCGGCGCCUCGUACACUGUGAGACAAAGUCUGCAGCGGCACCAAGCUCAGCACCGGGCCGAGGGCGGCGCUCGGGACGAGGCGGCGGCGGGGAAAGACGACCGAGAGGAGCAGGAGGAGGAGGAGGAGGAGGAGGAGGCGGCGGCUCCGGCUUCCAGCUCCGGCCACCACAGGCCGAUCAGAGGCCGACCCAAGAGGACCCCGCUCCCCCGGGGGGAAGGAGAGCGGGAGGAGGGGCGAGUGAGGCGGAGCGGGGGGCGAGGGAAGGAAACGAGGGCAGAGACGGGAGGAGACGAGGAGGUCCCGGGCAGCACCGGCCACGUCGUGUACGUCCACGCGGACGGCUUGGCCGCGGGGCAUCGGCUGGUGGAGGUGGUGAUAUCGGACGACACGGAGCAGUGCAUUGUGGUCCACGGGCAGCCGACCGUUGGAGAGCUGCUGGUCCUACAGGAGGACGGCGGCGGGCUCUGCUCUGUGGCGCAGACGGUUGAGAUAAACUCAAUAACAUCUGGUGCCUUCUACGAGACAGAUGUUGGAUGAGGAAACGUCUGAUUUUGCGGCUUCAAAUUAAAAAUCACUCGAUUUAAAACAAAACUUUGGUGGCCUUUCAUUGUGAAGCAUUUCUACGACGGCAGAAGAAGAGUCAGCACCAAAAGUAGCUGGACGCUUAUUGCGAAGGACCUACAUUAAGUUGUGCUGAAGGGGAAAAGAGCCCGACGGGAAAUCAAAAAUAUUUCUCGGCCUCAUCCAAUCGCACAGUCACAUUAAAGUCGCAUUAAAAAGAGAAACCUGGGAGACCGA